UCGUCUUGAGUGUUGGUAAUCCAGCAGGCUCUGAAAUAUUCCGACAGAUAAUAACAAAUGUUGGAUUAGAUGUGUAAAAUUCACUUUAUAUUGGUGAAGGAUCUGGUAGUUGUACCUGUUUUACAGUAGGUUUAGCUCUAAGGAAUAUGAAGAGAAGAAAUGCCGACUGUAAGCUUCGGAGGCCGUUAAAGAAAACGAAAAUAACGGAUGGAAUUUGGGGAAGUUCUUUGUUGUACUUGAAGUUCUUUGUGCUAUGGGCGCUGGUGCUCCUUGCAGACUUCCUCCUUGAAUUCAGAUUUGAAUACUUGUGGCCAUUUUACUUACUUCUUCGGAGUGUUUACGAUUCAUUCAAAUAUCAAGGCCUGGCCUUCUCAGUCUUUUUCAUCUGUAUAGCAUUAACAUCAGAUAUGAUCUGUUUGUUUUUCAUUCCUGUGCAUUGGUUAUUUUUUGCUGCAAGCACAUAUGUUUGGGUGCAGUAUGUUUGGCACACAGAGAAAGGUCUUUGUUUGCCCACUUGCAUCCUGUGGAUGGUAUUUGUAUACAUGGAAGUAGCAGUGAGGCUACGAGAUGUACGUCACAUGCCAUUCCAUUUAGAUCUUUGUAGACCCUUUGCAGCUCACUGCAUUGGAUAUCCUGUAGUAACUUUAGGAUUUGGUUUUAAAAGUUAUAUUGGUUACAGAAUGAGACAGAGAAAACAAAAAGAUGUAGCAAAAGAGAAUGAAUUUUAUAUGCAGUUGCUUAGACAAGCAUUACCCCCAGAGGUGCAACAGCAGCAGCUUCAACAACAACAACAGUUGCAGCAGCAACAGCAGCAACACCAACAACAACAAAGUCAACCUCAGUCAACCCCUGACAAAGUUAAAGGUGAAACUAAUGGUGUUGCUCAUCAAGUCAUAACAAACUCAAUUCCCUUAGCUAAGAAAGAUCAUAAAAAGCAUCCAGAAAAGGGGGAACGUGAUAAGGAGAAAGAGAAAGUAGUCCCUCAAACAAACGAAACUGCUGCAGAAAAAUGCACGUACAAAUUUUCACAUUCAAAUGGGUCUCUCCUUAAUGGAGACAUCGAAAUUAUUGAAAGAAUUGGAUCUGUCAAUGAUUUUGAUGAAAAUGAAGAGCAUGACAAAAGUGUUAAAGGCUGUCAAAGUCUGAAAUCCCAUGGAUCUAAUGGAUCAACAAACAGUAGGUGGACCAGUUCACAAGUCAGAGAAAAUUCUAUGAAUACUCAACGCGAACGCCGAAAUAAAGCGAACAGAGACACAUCAGAUAGCUCCAGCAAUAGUUCAUCAAGGGAUGACUAUUAUCAGAGGUAUUAGCCUUUAGAAUGUUAUUUUUAAAAUUUUCUU